AUGUUCUUUCCUUUUGCAGCGGACGUAACAUAUACCUCAACAGCUGACCGGCUUAUGGAAUUUUUCCUGGUUCUUACCGAUAUCAAAUUUGAUUCUGUCGAUUGCCAUAAGCGAGAAAACGAUCAGCCACCGAAUAUUCUUUCACAAGAUCGUGCCCUUAUUUCAAGCCUUUCACUGAAAGCCGCUCAAAUCCAAAUACUUGAAGGCGAAGCUACAAUAGCAACGUACCAAAAACGUGUCGCAUCAGAAAAAGAAAUUAUCGUCUUGCUGAAUGCUGAAUUAGAUCAGACUAGAGCUGAUAGACUUACUUUACUUCACAACAACCAAGUUCAAUUUGUUUUGAGCAAAGGGUUGGUAGAAAUUCCAUUGACAGGAGAUUUGUAUACCGACUUUGUUGAUGCUAUUUUGUUACCGAAAUCAGAGAUCUAUUAUGUAAAUAGUCUUAUUGUGAAAGCAGGUAAAUUAAAAUUGAAAACAAUUCAACAGAAUAUGAAAUUUCGACGAACAGUAAUGGUUACUGAAUGGAAACACAUGAAACUGCGAAUGCUUAUCAACGAUUAUAUAGAAGAGAUAAAGGAUAUUGAAGCUGUUAAAUUUACAAAACAAAUGCAAGAUUAUUUAAAACACAAAACAGAGGGUCGUCAAGCCAAUGUGGAAUCCUACGAGCUAGAAAUGGAAUUGCUCUCGAUUGUUUAUGGAAAUGAAAUUAAAGAUAAAAAAGAAAAGGCUCACAAGCUGGACCAACAGUUGGAAAUGUAUAAAGAGAGCAAUAAGGAAUUGGAUACAAAAAUUAAAGAUGUGAAUAUUCAAAUUUCUUCUUAUAGGCUUGAGAAAGAUUAUGAGGUUGAGGCAAAGGAAAGAGAAAUUCUUCAAGCAAGCAGUCCAUUACACGAUACAUGGUCCUUCGAGCCGGAUACUAGGCGAAAAUACGACGAAGAAAUACGAAAAAUCAUUGAAAAUACGACGAAGAAAUACGAAAAAUCAUUGAAAGUCAUUGGAUGGACUUGUGGUGAAGUUCAGCAAUUAAAAAAUCGUGUGCAGUUGCAAGAUAUAUAG